AACCAAAACAUGGCUUCCAUCUUGAUAUCAAUAAAGAAUUUCUCUGUCUUCUUCGGAAAAUCUCUGUUUUAUCUCCUGGAGUCUAUGAUCUUCACCUUCCUUCCGAGGCCACGGAAGAGUGUUGCUGGUGAAAUCGUUCUCAUCACAGGCUCUGGGAGUGGAAUUGGAAGGCUCCUGGCCUUGAGCUUUGCCCGCCUUGGGUCCGUGAUCGUACUCUGGGAUGUCAACAAGGAAGGCAACGAGGAGACAUGCAAGAUGGCCAAGGAAGCAGGAGCCACCCGAGUUUACACCUACACGUGUGACUGCAGUCGGAGGGAAGAAGUCUAUAGAGUCGCAGACCAGGUUAAAAAAGAAGUUGGUGACGUGUCUAUCCUCAUCAACAAUGCUGGUAUUGUGACGGGGAAAGUAUUUCUCAACUGCCCAGAUGAACUUAUGGAAAAAUCUUUUGAUGUGAAUUUCAAAUCACACUUAUGGACUUACAAAGCCUUUCUACCUGCUAUGAUUGCUAAUAACCAUGGACAUUUGGUUUGCGUUUCAAGUGCGGCCGGAUUGCUUGGAAUAAAUGGACUGGCAGAUUAUUGUGCAAGUAAAUUUGCAGCCUUUGGAUUUGCUGAAUCUAUGCAUAUGGAAACAUUCGCCCAGAAACAAAGGGGAAUUAAAACCACUAUCGUGUGUCCAUUUUUUAUAAACACUGGAAUGUUUGAUGGUUCUAGUACUCGCUCCCCUUUACUGUUGCCAAUUCUGGAACCAGAAUAUGCAGCCAAGAAGAUAGUAAAUGCUAUCCUUCAGGAACAAAUGUACUUAUAUAUGCCAAAGUUUUUAUACUUCGUGAUGAUUUUUAAAAGUCUGUUGCCCGUCAAGAACGCACUGCUUUUCUUUGACUAUAUGGGUGGCUUUAAUGUCAUGGAUGGCUUCGUUGGCAGAAGAAAAAAAGACUAAAGACCAACUUCACCACUGAUGGCCUCUGAGACUCCAUACCGAAUGAUCUUCUUUCAUUAAAGAAAAGUAUUUUUGUAAGCAGAAAGCACCCAGAGACUGCAAGUGCCAUUCUUUUCUUCCAUAUGGACCAGCAUUUUCAACGAAUGAAGUCUUUUGAAAAUAUUGAAAUUUUUUUAACUCCUGAAAAUAUUGUUUUCUGUUAUGAUUAUUGUUGGUGACUUGUUUUUUAACUUUAAAAACAGCCCAUUUGGCCUGGAGAGAUAGCACAGCGGCGUAAGGCAUUUGCCUUGCAAUCAG